UUUAUUAUUACAGAAAUGAGCGACACAACAGCAUCUCAAGAUAAUGCGAUAGUGAUUCACUGCAAUUUGUGUGAUGAGCCAUUUAGCUCAUUCCAAGAUUGCCUUGCCCACAGGCUGGCAAAGCACAAACGUCAAUCACAGAGGAAAUUGCGCGAUUGUUUGGACGCCGUCGCAAAGCUCUUUGCCAGCGAGCAAAUCCAAUCCGAACGUCGCGAUCUGAAAUCGCUGCUCGCCCAAAAGCAGCCCGGACAACAGUUUUCUACUCUAUUGUCUUAUUAUUCGGGUAAUUGCAAUAUGAUGGCGCUUUGUUUUGACGAGGUGCAAGAUCGCAUAACUCGGCUUUUGCAGGGCCGUGCAAGGGUCUAUCCCUUUGGUUCCCUUGUAACAGGAUUGGUCUUGAAAGAUAGCGACAUUGACAUUUACCUAGAGCACACGGACACCAGUUCAAAUGCCAUGUCUCACCGUCAAUUGUUCGACAGGAUCCUUGGUUAUUUGCGUCGCAACGAUUGCUUUGAUGAUGUGGUUGCCAGACGACAUGCUCGUGUGCCCAUUAUUCGCUUCAUGCAUGUUGUGAGCGGCCUCAGCAUCGAUAUCAAUAUGACCAGUCCGAAAAGCACCUACAAUUCAUGUUUUAUUGCCGCGCUAUUGCGUCUUGAUGUGCGCAUACGCGAGCUGUUCCUGUUCCUCAAGUUGUGGGCCAAGAAGUUGAAGAUAAUUAACUGCAGUGGCAGCAUGACUAGCUAUUGUCUGGCUGUCCUCAUCAUCUAUGGCAUGCAGCAGCGAAAAUACUUCCCGUCCAUUAGGCAGAUGCAGGCAUGCUGCCCAGUGCAGGAAGUUAUGGGCAUUAAUUAUGGCUUCAGUUUGCAGCAGGUCCCACAGCUGCCGGACAGCUUGACCACUUUGGAUCUCAUCACCAGUUUCUUUCAGCUAUACAGUCGCAUGGACUUUGAUAAGAAGCUGCUGUCGCCGUAUUUGGGAUAUGCACUGGACUUGACAACACCGUGCUCUUUGUCUCAGAAUUUUCCGGAAUAUGAAAAGCAAUUGAAAACCAUACAGAAAGUGACUGGCGAGCAGCCAGAGCCGUUUCAAAGUGAACGUUGCAUUUGCGUACAGGAUCCCUUUGAGUUGGAACACAAUGUAGGCCAGUCCAUAUCGCCAACAAAUCUCGCCUAUCUGCGGCAAUGUUUGAAAUUUGGCUAUAAGGCUUGCACCGAUGCAAAGCUUCUAUCAUCGCCUGCUCAGCUUUAUGACUAUUUGCUUUUUGGCUUGGCCGAUGAACUGUUGCAGGCCCAGCGUGAGAAAGCAGUGCAUCCGGCCAAGAUGAGCAGACAAAUGCGGGAGGAGAUGCCAACAGCAGCAAAAACAACAAGAACAAAACCAGCAGUUGCAACAACAACACCAACAACAAAUUCUGCAGCUGCUGAAUCUGUGACUGAAUUAGCUUCAACUGCAACAGAGAGACUAACAUCCAGCAGCUCGACCGACAGUGGAUUGCCACUGAUGCAUUUCUGCAUACUGAAGCCCUCAAAUAAUGACCUGAAAGGGUUGCGUGCUGAUUUUAUUAAAAAGAAUCCAAAUGCAAAACGAUCAAUUUUUUACUACUGGACGGAAUGCUAUGUGGCUGCCAUUAAGGAUUUUUUGGCAAAUAUUUAUAAGUUAAAGAUGACGCUAAUUGAUCCAGAAGAACGCUUUAAGCCCAGUGAACUGCCGCGACGAUUUACCUGGCUAAUUGAAACCCAACUGGAUACGUGGAGUGGUCGCAAUUUUCAACGCUCCACAAAGAUUUCAUUUUUUGCCGUACAAACGCAGCAGACUCUUGACUUUUUGAAAACACGCGCCAAGAAUGGGAACAAUGCAGUUAAUCUGAAAGGUCGCUUUUCGCUGGUUAUUGCGCCGGACUAUAAGGAGCUGCGGUUGGAGCUGCAGCCAAUGCCUGGUGACGAUCUGGGUCUACAACGACUUAGUCCGCUGACCAAAUUCUUUAAAUCGUUGAAAAACAUGCUCUGCAAUUACAACUUUAAGGAUAAGUUUAAUAACUUAAAGUAUCAGCGAUGAGUAUCAAGCGCAAAAUGAAACGAAAUAUUUUUAUAAACGACUUGCCAAUUACAACAGAUUAUUGUGAAAUCAAUAUAUAUAUAUAUGCAUAUAUAUAUGUAUAUAGUGAAAUGAGUUUAAGAGAAUUGCAAUAUCAAAAAGGCCAAACUUCUAAUUAUUGCUUAACAGUUAUAAACAUAUCACUUGUCGUUUAUAUAUCUUUAAAAUUUUAGUUUACUCACACAUCGACCAUUAUUUGAACAAAUAAAUCUAUUGCAAUUCUCGA